UUCUGCAAUUUUGUUGCUGCUACAAAGCACUACAAAAUCAUUGUCGAUACCUACUUAUGACAUGGCACGAGAAGAAAGUAUAAGUGUAGGGAACAGUGGUAGUAGCCAUUUUGAACAAAGCAACUCUUAUAAAUCCAGCAGUAGUAGUUCUAGUAGCAGUAGUUACAGCAGUAGUUCCAGUAGUAGUUCCAGUAGUAGUUCUCAUGAAGCUAAAGCUGGGAGCUCUCAAACGUACCACCGUGCAAUUCACAAAAAUUCAGAAGAUGCAUCUCAGGUUUCUGUGGAAAACCAUCAUAAAGAAAAUGGUAAAUUUGGACAUGCCGCAUCCGAAGAAUCCAAGUAUGCUGUAACGGGAGAAUACACACAAGACAAAAACACCCAAAACUACAAGCAUUCUCGAAAAUCUUUAAUAAACGAGCACCAACAUGAAGAUGAAAGAAUUCAACACAAAUCUCAAAGUAGUCUAAGAGAAACUGGACAACAUUUUGAAGAUUUUACAAAUGGUCGUAAUAAAGUGAUCAAAAUGGGAGAACAUAAUCAAUUUCAUCAUAUUGGUCAAACUGAAGGUAAAUUUAGAUUAAGUCAAGAUGAAAAGGAACAAAAACAUUCUAACGGAGAAGAAAGAGCAGUUGUUAUCAAUUUAAAUAUUCCACAAACUGAUAGCGCAAUAGUGCUUACAGAGUCUGGUUCAGAAAAUGGUAGAAAAGUAUUAACAGGUAAAAAUACCCAUCAAAUGCAACACACAUUUUUGAGGCAAAACGGACACACAGUUAGAAACGGGAAAAUGUUACGGGAGCAUAGAAAAAUGGAAGGAAAUAUGCACCAAAUUAUAGAACGUCACGGCGAAAGCCACAGUGGGCUCAAGGUCGCCAGAACUCAAAUUGGCGAAAAAGAGAUAAAUUUUCAUAGAAACAAUCAAAAAAAGUCUUCUCAUCAGACCCAUGCAAUUACGAACGUCCAGAAUCAUCACAACGGCGUAAAGAAAAAUCACCGCCAAGUGUUUUCGAGUGGAACUGAAAGUAAUUCCAAACGAAGAAGAAACAUGCACCACACCAUGACGGGAAGAUAUGUUGAAAGCAACCACGGAGUCAAGAUCGAUAAAGACCUAAUCAAUGCUCAUGUGAACAAUAAAAAAUGGUCUUCUCAUCAUACCCAUAUAAUUACUAACAGUAAAAAUCGUCAAGAGCUCGAAAAGAAAAAUGAACGUCAAAUGCACCAAAAAAUAAAUGAAAGACAUGUUGAAAGCAACAAUAGACUCAAGAUAAAUAAAGAUCAAACUAGCAAAGUGUCGUCUCAUAAUACCUACGUAGAUUUAAUAUCUAAGAAUCAUCAUAAACAUGGAAUGAAAAAUGGACAACAAAUAUUCAGGAAUGAAAACAGAGAAACCUCCAAAGGUAUUAAAGAAAUACAUAGCAAUAGAGACAAAUUUGAACACCACCAAGAUCACAACCGAAAUAGUGAACAUCGAUUCCAUGGUAGCAAAAAGGAACAAAAACUUUCAAUUAGUGGAUCUGAAGACACCCACAAGAGCUCUGAAAGUGUCACAAACUUGAUGCAUGAAAUACAGAACCAGAAUAUCUUAGAAAACUUCAAAACCAAUAAUCGACAUACACUUGAUGGAGAAAAUGGGAAAGAUAUUACAAUUAAAAUUACAGGAGUUAUUGAUGAUGAUCUUAAAGCUUCAAAUAAAGCUUCUUACCAUGACAUGAGCUCAAGUCAACAUCAGAUACAGCAAAUACAUAAAAAUGAGGGCGUUAGAAGUAAAAUUGAAAACACAGCUUCGAAGUAUGUUGCAGAAACUGACAUUCAUCAAAGAAAAAAUGGUCAUGUAGUAGACUCCUAUGAAGUUGACAAUAUUCAAAAUAAAAAUAAACAGCACAAUAAAAAACAAAGUACUAAUUUAUUUAUUGAAGACAUGGGUUCAAAAAUCGAAGAAGAUGGGAGUGUUUCGUAUCACAAAGCCACUAAUAAAGAAAUUGAGCGCGACACUCAAAGUAGAGAAUAUACUAAGUCAAGUGAGUAUGGUAAGAAAAAUGAUAAAGAAAUAUCUGUUGGAGAUACAUAUGAUCUUGAUUCUGAAACUAGCAAUUUAGAAAAAUACUCAAAAACAUUUAGUAAAUCCGAAGGUUAUCAGUAUCACCAUCGAGAAGGAAGCGCUAAACAAACAAAGAUAGAUAAAACUGGCCACAGCUUCGAGUUAAAUAAUGGAAAAGAUAUCAUAUCAACUAUAAACAGUUAUGAAACGGUUGGAAAAUCUAAUUCAGAUAACAAAUAUAAAAACCAAAGGAUUACUAGCCAUCAUAGUAAAGAUGAUGAAGGAUAUAUUACUCUUACUUUACAAGAUUCUGAUACAAAGAAUCAUGGAAAUAAAUUUCAUACACAAAAAGAAGAUGAAUAUCACCAUUACAAAAAACAGGGAAAUGGUGUGAGUCACAGUGAAGAAGAUAAGACGGAACUUGUUACUAUAGGGGAAGGUAUUGAUAUGCAGGAUCAGGAAAAUCAGUAUCAUAGACAAACAGCAAAUGAAAAACGUACGAGUUUGAUCCGAACUGGAAAGAUCUCUACAGAUUUGUCCCAUGAAUCUAGUAAUUUGGAACUAAAUAAUCAGCACAAUAAUAAUCAGCGAAUAUUUAGAGACAAACAGAAAGAAAUCGUUGCCGAAGAUUCUUAUACUCAUUCAAAAUUAUUAGACAGUGAUUAUCUACAGGAAUCGGUAAAGAGAGCUAGUAACAACCAGUACCAUGGAGAUAUACAUAAAAAUAAUGUUAAGGAAUCAAGUUCAAAAUAUCUGACAUCAAAUAGUAAAAACAGUGACGAUGUUACAAUAAUUGAAGAACAAGAAGGUGGAUAUGAAAAUAAAGGUCGAAGACAUAUGAUUAAAUCCGAAGAUCAGUCACGAUUUACUAUCCAUAACAGUCAAGAUUUUGGAACUACUGUAGCAGAAGAAGGGACAAAAACAAAAAUGGAAGGAGGUCAUCAGCAUGGAGCUCAAAUAACCUUCACCUUAGAUGGUGAUCUUGGAGACUCUACCUACCGCAACGUCUUCAAAACAUCUGGCCAAACUGUAAAAAAACAAGUCCUUGGUAAAUAUUUUGAAAAUGGACAAGAAAAUAGUGAAGAUGGAAGUGUAACUAAGUACAAAAGUAUAAUAAAUCCAUCAAAAAGCCUCACUUUUAGUAAAUCUUUGGAACAAGUUGGAGGAGAUACCUACCACGUAGACGUAGAUCAAGAUUUUUCUCCUCAACUUGGCAAAAUGGUAGUAAAAGCUGCAAAAAUUGUACAACCACCCACAGUUAUAGUUGAAGAAAGUUAUGGACGCUUAAACAAUGAUGGAAUGGAUGAAAAUGCUAUGAGUAACAGUUUAAUCCAUAGAACUUCAAGUUACUCGGAGCAAAGUGCUAAGCAUAGCUCAAAACAUGUUGUUAGUGAAGUUCAUGGAGAAAAAUAUACUGGCACUGGGAGUGGAAUUAGUAGUGGUGAUAUAAGUGGGCAAGAAAUGUAUGAAGUAGAUAACGUAAUGGGUAGUCAGCUUCAUGGAGACAGGCUGAAGGGAAACAUUUAUAGAAACAAUAACAAAGCAACAGUGAUCAAAAAUAUCGGAGUUUAUGGAGACAUGCAAGAUACCCAAGAAGAUUGGAAGAUGGAUAGGUUAGAACAGAAGCAUAGACCAACUCGAUCAGUAUCUUUCAGUCUUCCCGAAGACACAUUUAGUGGAUUCAAAAGCACAUCUUUCCAGCAAUCGGGCAAACAAUUUGGUCAACAACAAAGCUCUGUUACAUUUAGUGGAAAUUCUGGUCAAAAAUACCAAAUCUACCAGAAAUCUCAGCCUUUAGUUUGGUCUGUUCAAUCUGGUGGACAAGAAGUUAAUGGACAAGGUAGUGGGUUUGUUCAACAGAGCUAUCCUGAUGGCAAUGUGAAAUUUUCCAGCUUGAAAUGGAAUAGUCAAGGCGGUAACCCUGGAGAACAAAAGUUAAUAUUUAAUCAAAAGAUCUCUGAUACUGGUCAUUUAUUAACCGGCCAUGAUGUUGGACAUUUGGGGAAGGGUUUUCAAGGAGCUAAGUCUACAUCUAGUUCCUUUAAUACAAUUGGAAUAAGUCAACAAGGUAGUAGUCUUGACAGCUUUGUUGUCGAUGAUGACCUUAAAGAUUCAAAUAAAGCUUCUUACCAUGGCAUGGGCUCAAUUCAGCAGCAUAAACAGCGUCUACACACAAAUGAGGGCUUUAGAAGUGAAAUUGAAAACGCAGCUUCGAAGUAUGUUACAGAAACUGGCAUUCAUCAUAGAAAACAUGGUCAUGUAGUAGACUCCUAUGACGUUGACAAUAUUCAAAAUAAAAAUAACCAGCACACUAAAAAACAAAAUACUGAUUUAUUUAUUGAAGACAUGGGCUCAAAAAUAGAAGAAGAUGGGAGUGUUUCGUAUCAUAAAGCCACUAUGAAAUCUAAAGAAAUUGAAGAUAUCACUCAAAAACAACUUGCUAAGUUAACUGAGUACAGUAAGAGAAAUGAUGAUGAAAUAUCUAUUGCAGCUACAGAUGAUCUUGAUUCUGAAACUAGCAAUUUAGAAAAAGACUCAUAUUAUAAAACAGUUGGUAGAUCUGAAGGUCAUCAGUAUCAAACUAGAAAAGGAGGCGCCAAACAAACAAAGAUAGUUUAUAAACCUGGCCGACAUAUCGGGAUAAAUAAUGGAAAAUAUGUUACACCAACUAUAACUAGUUAUCAAACUGUUGAAAAAUCUAACUCAGAUAACAAAUUCAAUAACCAAAGAACUAUUAGUCAUCAUAGUGAAGAUGAUGGACAUAUUACUUUUACAGUACAAGAUUCUGAUACAAAAAAUAAUGGAAAUCAAUUUCAUACACAAAAAGAAAAUGAAUAUCACCAAUACAAACAACAGGAAAAUGGUGUUCGUAACAGUGAAGAAGAUAAGACGGAUCUUGUUACUAUAGGGGAAGAUAUUGAUAUAAAAGCUCAGGAAAAUCAGUAUCAUAGACAAAAAACUGGAAAGAUCUAUAGAGAUUCUUCCUAUGAAUCUAGUAAUUUGGAAUUAAAUAAACAACACAAUAAUAAUAAUCAGCGAAGAUUCAGAGACAAACAAGAAGAAAUCGUUGCCGAAAAUUCUUAUACUCAUUCAAAAGUAUUAGACAAUGAUUUUCUACAGGAAUCUCUAAAACGAGCUAGUAAAAACCAGUACUAUGGUGAUAGAUAUAAAAAUAUGGCUAAGGAAGCAAGUUCAAAGUAUCUGAUAUCCAAUGGUAAAAACCGUGAUGGUGUUACAGAAACUGAAGGACAAGAAAGUGAAUAUGAAAAUGAAGGUCGAAGACAUAUGGCUAAAUCCAAUGAUCAGUCACGAAUUUAUAUCCACUCGGGUCAAAGUUUUGGAACUACUGUAAGAGAAGAAGGGGCAGAAGAUAUUGGUUAUUCAGUAUCAACCUUCCCAGAAUCGAAAUCAAAUUAUAAUACAGCAGGUAAAACUGUCUACAAUAAACUAAAACUGAAUGAACCAAAGAUAAACGUGGAAAAAGGUUAUCAGACUGGAGGCCAAAUAACCGUCGGCUUAGACGAGGAUCUUGAAGACUCUACAUACCGCAACGUCUUCAAAACAUCGGGCCAUACUAUAAAAAAACAAGAAGGUCUUGGUAAAUAUAUUGAAAAUGAACAAGAAAAUAGUGAAGAUAGAAGUGUAACCAAGUACAAAAGUAUAAUGAAUCCAUCCAAAAGUCUCAGUUUUAGUAAAUCUUUCGAGAAAGUUGGAGGAGGUACUUACCAUGUAGACGUAGAUCAAGAUUUUUCUCCUCAACUAAUCCAUAGAAAUUCGGGUUACUUGGAGCAAAGUGCUAAGCAUAGCUCAAAACAUGUUUUUAGUAAAGUUCAUGGAGAAAAAUAUACUGGUACUGGGAGUGGAAUUAGUAAUGGGGAUAUAAGUGAGAAAGAAAUGUAUGAAGUAGACAACGUAAUGGGUACUCAGCUACAUGGAGAUAGGCUGAAGGGAAACAUUCAUAGAUACGGUAAAGGAGGAACAGUGAUCAAAAAUGUUGACCUUUAUGGAGAUAUUCAAGAUACCCAAGAAGAUUGGAAGAUGGAUAGGUUAGAAAAGAAUACAAAGCUUAGACCAACUCGAUCAGUAUCUUUCACUCUUCCCGAAGACACAUUUAGUGGAUUCAAAAGCACGUCUUUCCAGCAAUCAGGCAAACAAUUUGGUCAACAACAACAGCAGAGCUCUAUUACAGUUAGUGGAAAUUCUGGUCAAAGAUAUCAAAUCUACCAGAAAAGUCAGCCCUUAGUUUGGUCUGUUCAAUCUAGUGGACAAGAUGUCAAUGGGCAAGGUAGUGGGUUUAUUCAACAGAGCUAUCCUGACGGCAAUGUGAAAUUUUCCAGCUUAAAGUGGAAUAGUCAAGGCGUUAAUCCUGGUGAACAAAAGUUUACAUUUAGUCAAAAGGUCUCUGAUAAUGAUGGCUUACUAAACGACCAAGAAUUUGGACAAUUUGGGAAAGUUUUUCAAGAACUUAAGUCUUCAUCUAAUGCCUUUAAUAGAUUUGGUACGAGUCAACAUGGUAGUAGUCUUGAUAGCUUUCCUACAAAUCUAGAUUUUCAAUCUAUUAAUGACGAUUUAUUCUUAAAUCAUCGUUUUAAUGUAGGAAAUAGUCUUAGAAAUAAAAUGAAAGUAUUUAAACAAAUGAGUACAAUUGGACAAUCAGGAAUAGCAUCUGAAGAAAAUGGAAAAGUCAACAAUAUUCUACAAUCCAAAGAUAUAGAUCAAAGAAACUUCGAUCUCAACUCUUUAUUAGACUUGAUGAAGCAGCCUAGUGAUCAGCAAUCUGGAAAAAUUUUGCAAAUAUCUCAGCAGAGAUCAGUCCAGUCAGAACAACCAUUUGGAUUAAUAUCUAAGACUACAAAUACUCAGUUUGGAAAAAAGCCUCAAUAUGUAAAUAGAAGUCCUGCUUUAGACUUACUAACACAACUAUAUGAUCAAAACUCUGGAAAAAUAUUGCAAACAACACAACACAGAUCCUUCCUCACAGAACAGCCGUCUAAACUGGGCAUUAAAGCUAGUACCAACGAGUUUGGUCAGAGUAAAUCACAGCAUCAAUCUUAUCAUGUAACUGACCAGCUAAAUAAUCUAAAUAAAUUAUUUAUUGUGAAUAGUGAAGAGGACAAAGGAAUAGAUCUUCAAAAAAAUCGAAGAAUUGAAGAUUUACUAGACAUAUUUAGCAAACAUUCCAACCAAAUAUCAAAUGGACGACUACAACAAACACAACACAAAUCUACGUUAGCUGAGCAGCCAAUACAGUUCAUGACUGUAGUCACCAAUCACCAGGCUGCUCAAAGAAUACCAUCACAAGAAUUUACAACUACACAACUGAACAGCUUGAAUCAACAAUUUGGUUUGCACCGUGAAGAGACCAAAGAACAAGGAUUUCAAGAUCAAUAUAAUCAUAAAGUAUCAGAAUUUGGAGAUUCUCUAGACUUUGGUGCUAAACAAUCUAACCGGCCAUCUAGUGUCGUUGUACAAUCAGGUAUUAGAUUGAACAAUCUACAAAUAGAUCAUCCCUAUACUUUACUUAAGAAAGCUACUACUGAUCAAUCGAAUCAGAUAAUACAGCAGAGCGGUGAUCAGAAACAUGUUAAACAUCUAUAUGGUCUUAAUGAGUUAUUUGAUAAGCAACCUAAAAUGAACAAAGAUCUUGACCUUCAAGAAGACCUGGUUAGUAAACAUCACCAGCAAAUAUCUAAUGAUAUGCUUCAGCAAAAUUCACAAGUAGAUGCUAGCAAUCUUCUUAAAAAAACUACCACUCAUGAAUCCAGUCAGAAGAUGCAGUCUUCUGAGCAUAAAUCUAGACUUAUCACAAGUAGUCAACUCCAAUAUGCUGAGCAGCCAUUCAGUAUAUUACAUACACAUACAGAAGAAUCAAAUCACCAAUCUGAAAAGUUGAACAAUAUGGAGCACGAAUCUAGUCACACUAGUCUACAAAUUGGUGAUGUUAGUCGACCGUAUGAAGUGGUCAGAACACAGACAAAUCACAAAGUUACCAAAGUUGAACAAUCUAGUAAGAGCGAAAAAAGAUCCACUCGAAGAGUAACUGUUCAAGGACCUACACUACAGGUGGUAGGUGGAUAAGGACCAGGUUGGAAUAAAUUCAUUUUCUCAAGAAUGGGCGACUCUGGAGAUAAAUCCCGAAAUAGGUCGAUUUUUAUUUUUAAAUUAUAUUUUUUUGGCAUAUUGGCAUGAUGGCGCAAUCGAUAAUUUUUUUAAAUGACAGUAGGGGUCGUGUAAUAGCUCAUUUGAAAGGUUAUUAAAUUCUCUAUUCAAUAAUAUAAACAUUAACAAUAUUAUUUAUACAGGGUGUCCAAAAAAAUGUUUUGAAUUAAAUUAAUUGAGACAAAAAGAAGAAUGUAUAUAAUUUAUUUAAUUCGAAAUACAUUUCACUGUUGUCCGAAACCAGGAAAAAUGUUUAUUUGAUAAAUAGAUAUUGUUUUUCGCUUAAAUUUAAUAUUAAAGCUGCCACCCACCUGCCUCUUAGCAGUUUGAACAUUUAGUUUAAGCGAAAGGGGUUGUGUGAUAGCUUAUUUGAAAGGUUCUUUAAUUCUCUAUUCACUAAUAUAAACAUUAACAUAAUUAUUUAUACAUGGUGCUUACAAUUUUUUUUUUAAAUUAAAUUAAUUGAGACAAAAGAAUAAUGUAUAUAAUUUAUUUAAUUCGAAAUACAUUUUACUGCUGUCAGAAAACAUAAAAAAUGUUAAUUUGAAAAAUAAACAUUGCUUUUCGCUUAAAUUAAAUAUUCAAACUGCUAAUGCCACCUACUGAGGCCACUAAAGCUGCCAUCCACCUGCUGAGGCAGGUGGGUGGCAGCUUUAAUAUUGAAUUUAAGCGAAAAACAAUAUUUAUUUAUCAAAUAAACAUUUUUUCCUGUUUUAGGACAACAGUAAAUAGUCCAUUUUUUCACGGUUUUUGCUCUAAAUUUUAAAAAACCCCUUGGUUUGACAUGAAAUUUGGCAUACGUAUAGCUUACAUGUCAAAGAAAAAAAGUGAUAUUGUGCCGAUGUGUGCUUUUGCCCUGGGGGUGACUUUCACCCCCUGUUGGUGGUGAAAAAAUUUAUGUCCAAAAUAAGUCCGGAAAUGGGUAAACUGACUAAUUUUAAGUAACUUUUGUUCUAUAGAGCUUUUUCGCCAAGUCAACACUUUUCGAGUUAUUUGCGAGUGAAUAUGUUCAUUUUUCAACAAAAUAACCACAUUUUUGGACGGUUUUUCGCAAAUAACUCAAUAAGUAAGUAUUUUGUCGAAAAAAACGUUCUUAGCAAAAAUAUAGCACAUAAAAAAGUAAAAAAAAAUGGUGUACUCGUUAGGUCUCUGGAUCUCGUAGAACCAGAGUUAUAGUCAAUGAAAAAUAGAUUCAUGUUCACCAAAUUUCAAAUAGAAUAUUUCGACGUGAAAUAUCCAAAAAAUUAAGCACUUUUUGGGAAAAACCUAUUUGAACUUUUUUAAAGUGUUAAAAAAAAGAUUUAUUUCUGUUUUUACAAAAAGUUUCUAGCAUUAAAUUUAAGCAAGUUACGCUCAAAAUAAAGUUGGUCCCUUUUGUUUUUGCAAAAAAAAUCGGGAAGACCACCCCCUAAUUAGCAACUUAAAUGAAAUUAAUCGUUACCGCUCCACAAAUUAUUUUACUUAUGUUGUGUUUAUAUGAUCUGUAAGUUUGAUCGUGUCAAAGUGCUUAUUUUUGAAACAAUUUGGUUUGAAAGUAAAAUUUUUAAAAAUUGAAAUUUUGAAAAAUAUGCUUUUUUUUAAAAUAACUUAAAAAUUGUUAGAGAUACCAAAAAUCUCGAAAAAUAAAAAAAGUCAGAUUUGCUUUUCUGAAUAUCAUGUAUUUUUUGUUUUUCUGUUAGACAAAAAUUGAUUAAGAUUUGGUGUUUCUAAAUUUGCAUACAUUCGUGAUCAGUGACUCGUUCAACCCCUUUUAACUACAGCCCUUUCAAUAAUAAGGACUUUGAACCGAUGAAACUUACAGAUCAUAUAAACAAUAUAUACACGAGUCAAGAAACUUGUGAAGUCGUAACGAUUAAGUUCAUUUAAGAUACUAAUUAGGGGGUGAUUUUCUCGAUUUUUUACCAAAACCAAAAGGGACUAACUUUAUUUUGAGCGUAACUUGUUUAAUUUUGAUGUUAGAAAUUUUUUUUAUAAAUCAAAAAUGAAAACAAAAUAAAAAUGUAUACCAUUUUUAUUCAGUUGCAAUGCGAAGGCAAAACAAUCUUACUUUUCAAUUAGAAUACGGAGCGCAGUCCAGUCCUCUGAAUCGCGAUUUUUUUUAAACACUUUAAAUAAGUUGUAAUUAAUUUUCCCCGAAAUGUGCUUAAUUUUUGGUUAUUUCACGUUAAAGUAUUCCAUUUGGAAUUUGACGAAUAUGAACCUAUUUUUCAUUAGCUAUAACUCGGCUUCUACUAGGUGUAGAGACGUGAUAUAUACAUUUUUUUAAAUUUUUUACAGGCUAUAUUUUUGGUAAAAAUGCUUUUUCGACAAAAUACUUACUAUUUGAGUUAUUUACGAAAAACCGUCUAAAAGCGUGGUUAUUUUGUUGACAAAAUGAACAUAUUCACUGUCAAAUAACUCGAAAAGUAUUGACUUAGUGAAAACACUCUAUAGAAGAAAAGUUAGGUACUUAAAAUUAGCCAGUUAAUCCAUUUCCUGACUUUCUUUGGACGAAUAUUUUUCACCCCCAAGAGGGGGUGAAAACCACCCCCAGGGCAAAAGCACAUAUCGGCACAAUAUCACUUUUUUCUUUGACUUGUUAGCUAUGUGUAUGCCAAAUUUCAUGUCAAUCCAAACGGUUCUUUAAAAUUUAGAGGUUUUGCAAUAUUUUACCGUUAAAGAACGGACUAAAAAUGUAUUUCGAAUUAAAUAAAUUAUAUAAUGUCUCAAUUAAUUUAAUUCAAAAAAGUUUGUUGGGCACCCUGCAAAAAUAAUUAUGAUAUUGUUUAUAUUAUUGAAUAUAUAAUUGAAUAACCUUUCAAAUGAGCUAUCACACGAUCCCUAUUAUUAUUUAAAAAAAUCAUCGACUGCGCCAUCACGUCCAGAUGGAUGACGUCACUAGUAUAAUAUUAUAUAUGCCAAAAAAUUGUAAUUUAAAAAUAAAAACCGACCUGAUUUGUAAUUUAUCUCCAGAGUCGCCCAUUCUCGAGAAACUGAAUUUAUUCCAACUCAAACGUCCUCACUGUACCUACCUAUAACUUCAGAGGCUUAUAUCUUAAAACCAUGAUUUUUUGGAGCUAUGCGCCCAUUGAGUCUUCUGUUCUACACAUCAAGGACUACCAGAACUAAAAGUUUCAGAGCAUUUGACAGAGAGCCAUUUCCCAUAAGGUUUC